AUGCCACCUUCACCGCCUUGCAGCUCGAGCAAGCAGCCAGUCAUGGACACGACCCCAGUCACCACUCCAAGUCACAGCUCCACGACUUCUCACUACCAAAGCAUGCAAGCUCACCGACCAGCACUGGCUCGACGACAUCAUUACGGCACCAAAUACCAAUCAUGGCGAAGGAUCUUCAACAAGCCCAACUUCAUUCUCGAGGCUAUUCUCCUGAACCUUCCGAUCUCCGACCUGAUCAUCGCCAUGCACAUAUCCAAGACCUGGCUCUACGUUGCCUGCGAAUCCCCUCGCAUUCGCCAGCGUCUUUUCCUGUGGCAUGCCGCACACGUCAUCGACAGUCGACCAAAUACACCAACUGCUCCCUCCACACAAGGCUUCGAGCUCUUUCCAAAGAGCCUCAGACAGGGCGUGCUGAUAACGCUGCGCUCGCCUCGCCGCGGCGAGUACUUUGUGUUGAUGAGGAACCUCUGCGAGAACCGAUCACUCCAACUCCUUGACAGCAAGAAGACGAACAUCGAUCUCGACCCGCUCACCGGCAAAUUCCACGUACAGUUGUUCGACCAUUCAUCCAACCUCAUCAUCGACAACGUCUUCGCGCCCUACAGCCUCUCAUUCCGGUGCAAGCAACCCAAAAUCACCGGAGACCGCGUGUUCGAGUACUUGAAGACGUAUCACUCACCCGAGGACAUGGACUGGGAGAUGAUGCUUGAGUCGAUGGCGACGCGAACGCCCCUGGAGAAGGCUGAUUUGGGCGAAAUCAGGCUGAAAGGUAAUAGUCCCCUCUCCAGAGCGCCUGUACCUGACCGCAAAGCUAACCUCACCUACAAAGAUCAUGUAAUACUACCAGCACACAACAGCAAUUACCUCACCUUCCAGCAAUCUCAGGGGCCCGCCGCGCAAUUCCCCAUCAUCACAUCGAAAUCAGCUCCAGGUGAAGUUCCAUCACAUCCAGCUAUCCCCAGAUCUCCCUGCCUCUCAAGCAGGCCGAAUACACUGUCAACGGCGUGGUCGCAGCCAAAAUCUCGGGGAUACACCACAUUUGCCCUCCGACUAAGAGGACCUCACCUCCGCCCUUCAUGCGCCUUCAGCGCGAGAAGUGCCCACGAUCCCCAACCGCUCCACGCGCCACAGACAUGCUGA